CCCCGCCCCACCCUCCCCACUCCGGUCCCCUCACCCACAGACUGGCUCCAGGCAGCGCCCGGGGCGGCGGCGACAGCGGCGGCAGCGGCGGGGUGCGGGCUGAGGGAGCCGGGCUUCGACGCCCCCCCCCUCACCCCCGUACCCCAGGAGCUGUACCUAGUCCAGGAGGGGCUGGGGGGCUCCAUGGAGGUGAGAGGCGGAGUCACCUGCCCGCCCUCUAGCCCCCCAGGCCUGAGGGAGGGACUUGAGCCCAAGGUAGCGUUCCGUGGAAGCGCGAAUCGCUGCUGGAACCUCGGUGCCGACCCCAGCAGUAGGCUAACGGACGUGUUCAACGGCGUGAUGCUGACCGGCUCCACGUCCUUCUAUGAUUGCUACAAAUCGCAGAGUGAAGACAGUGUUGACCUAAGGCAGACCUAUACUCCACUUUCUUCAUCAGCAGAAUAUUCAAGUUCUAUAGAUUCUUCACUUUUCUAUGCACCAUGGUCUACUUAUGGAGAUGAUACUAAACAGCCUUCUAAUUCUCAGAUCAAUGUAAAGAACAGGAUUCAAACGGAAAGAAAUGACUAUGGCAGUGAAACAGACUUAUAUGGACUUGUGUCUAACAUUUUGGAAGAACAAGACAAGUCACAGCCAUAUUUUGCUGAGGGGACCUGCUCCUCCAAUUUAAAGUCAGUUUGGCCAGUGAACACAAGCAGAUUUGCAGAUCACCAUGACCUCUUAACAGAAACCAAAAGGCCAAUAGAUACAGCCAUCUCUCAGCAAGCUUUUUAUAGUGGUGAAUCUGUGUCAGCAGUGGAAAAGCAAUACCUGCAUAAUAGUAAUCUAACACCACAGCAAAAAAUAGAUCAACUUUAUCAUGGAUUUACUGGGUUAGACCUUGAAGAACAAUGGAUGUACCCCUCACGAAGUGAUCAUUCUAAUUGUUACAAUAUCCAGACAAAUGAUACAGCUAAGACAACAUUCCAAGAUUUUCCAUUUAUCAAAAACUGUUUUACAUCACAGACUGGUCUGUCUGACAUCAUGAAAGAAUCAGGAAUUGAUACUUACCCUUAUGGAAGAGAGAAAAUAUGUGCUAAAGGUCUUGAAGCACCAUUACAACAAAAAAGGGCAGAGAUGUUCCUUUCUCAAUUUAAUAGAUACAGCGAAAACACAGGUUAUUGUAGAUACCCAGAAUAUGUUCAUCCUAAUAAGGUUAAGCUUAAUAAGUGUUCAAAUUUUAAUGUCCAGGAUAGUAAAAAAAUAGCCAAUGGCACACCUGAAACACCAACUAUAGAAGCAGACACCUACACAAAGUUAUUUCAGGUUAAACCAGCAAAUCAGAAAAAAAUGGAAGAGACAAUAGCUGACCAGCAGAAUUUCACAUUUCCAAAAACCACACCACAUCUGACAGAAAAACAGUUGGCAAAUGAAGCAGCAUUCACUGCUGAUUUUGGCUUAAAAUCAGAAUAUGGACUAAAACCUCAUGCGGGUUGUCCAGCUAAUAAUGAUUUUGCUAAUGUCACAGAAAAACAACAGUUUACUAAACCUGACCCCUCAAAUUCUGAGUAUUUUAAAUCUGUGAAUUUAUUAUCAAACUCAGCAACACCUUCAGGAGGUAUCAGCUUAAACAGACCAACUUGGAUGAAUGUCCAAACAAAAAAUAACACUCCUAUUCCUUAUCGAAAUCAAGGUAACUUGAUGAAAUUAAAUAGUCACUUAAGUGUAGCUUCUAAAGGUUCUAACCAUUCUUCAGAUUUCCCCCAACUAUCAUCCACAAAUUUAACCCCAAAUAGCAGUUUAUUUCAGAAGUAUUGCCAAGAAAAUCCUUCAGCAUUUUCUAGUUUUGAUUUCAGUUACAAUGGUGCAGAAAGAAUUCAAUCUGUCAAUCACAUGGAAGGACUGACAAAGACUGGAGAAGAAAAUCUCUUUGAAUCAGUUACUGAUAAAAAAAUAAAGCAGCCAAAUGGAUUUUGUGAUAACUAUGCAACUCAGCAGUAUGGGAUCAUUGAAAAUGUAAACAAACAUAAUUUUCAAGCUAAGUCUCAGAGUGGACAUUAUGAUGCUGAGGAAGGUCCAAAACACUUAGAUGGCUUAUCUCAAAAUACGUAUCAAGAUCUGUUGGAGUCACAGGGUCAUUUUAAUAGCCACAGACAGGGAAGUGGAGACAACAAUAUUAAUAGCCGUGUGAAUCGCACACAGCCAUCAUGCUUUUCUAAUAAUUAUAUGAUGGGAGAUUUAAAGCAUAAUCAGAGUUUUCAACAAGUUGGUUCAAAUGGGUUUCCCCUAAGAUCCACUCACCCAUUUGGCCAUUCAGUUGUUCCACUGUUGGAUUCUUAUGAUAUGUUUUCUUACGAUGACUUAAGCCAUUUGUACCCUUAUUUUAAUGAUAUGAUGUAUGGUGAUAAUUCGUUUUCUGGUUUCGUGCCAACUUUUGGAUUUCAAAGACCAAUUAAAACCAGUAGUGGACCAGCCAGUGAACUUCAUAUUCGACUAGAAAAGUGCUAUGAACAAUGGAGAGCAUUAGAAAAGGAGAGAAAAAAGACUGAAUUGGCCCUGGCCAAGAAUUACCCAGGAAAAAAAGUAUCCAGUACUAACAACACUCCAAUUCCAAGGCUGACCUCCAACCCAUCACGAGUUGAUCGCUUAAUUGUGGAUGAACUUCGAGAACAAGCCAGAGUUGUGACUCUACUAGGCAAAAUGGAACGUCUUCGAAGCUCUCCCCUUCAUGCCAAUAUCUCUACUGCUCUUGAUAGACACUUGGAGUCCAUUCACAUUGUACAGUCACGUAGAAAGGAUGAAAUUGUUAAUGCUUCAAAUCGGCAAAGGCAAGGAGUUCCUAGAUGCCAAGAUGACAGAGAUGUUUUUGCCCUUGCUUCAGCAAUUAAAGAGAUGUGUGUGGCUACUCGGAAAGCACGCACUACCCUGUGGUGUGCACUUCAGAUGACCUUGCCAAAAACAGCCAGUACAGCUGGCCAAACAGAUGUGGAAAAGGCUUUACAAGAUACAGUAAACUGUGAAGAUAAAGUCCAUGAAAACAUAAAUAACAGCAAUCCAAUGAACCAGAGAGGUGAAGCAAACAAACAUUAAGGAAAUGCCAGCAGAAGAUCGGAAGAGCGU